AUGGCAAGCCUCAGGAGCUCCCUGUCUCUUCUACUGGUCGUCGCCUUCUUCCACCCAACCUCAUCAGACGAUACAGUCUAUGAUUUGGUGUCAUUUGGUGCCAAUCCUGACGGGCAAACCGACUCGGCGGCGCCGCUACUGAAGGCAUGGUUGGCAGCCUGCGGUUCGCCGGCGCCGGCGACGAUCCGACUCCCGUCGGGGAGGUUCUUCCUCAGCCGAGCCGCCAUGAACGGCCCAUGCAACAACAGGAGGGUGACCAUCCAGAUGGAUGGGACGUUUGAGGCCCCCUCGAGCUAUGCAGACAGCGAGGACUGGAUAAGCUUCGAUCAUGUCGAUGGCGUUUCGAUUAUCGGCGGGACGAUAGACGGGCGGGGGGCUUCCCUCUGGGAUUGCAAGGCGAAGGGCCUCAGCUGCCCAAGAGGUUCCCGGGUCGGUCAACUAUUUCUUCUUCUUCUUUCCGAUUUCUCUGAAAAUAUUCAAAUGCGGUCUUUCUGAAGUCAAAGAAUGAUCCUUCCUGCCCCAAUCUACGUUUCUCUCCGAGUGUCUCCAUUUGUUCAAUGGUGUCUUCAGCCCAUCAUCUCAUUAUACUGCGUUUUCCCGAGUGGCAGUCUCUGGUAUUUUGCAACUCGAAGAACAUCUCCAUCAGCGGGCUGACGUCGUUAAACAGCAAGCUCUACCACAUCGUCAUCGACCGCUGCCAGAACGUGCUCGUGCAGGGGGUGAAGAUCUCUGCGCCGGCCGAUAGCCCCAACACCGACGGCGUCCACGUCCAGGGCUCCGCCGACGUGACGAUUGUGGCCACCGGAAUCGGCACCGGCGAUGACUGCAUCUCCGUCGGCCCUGGCACUUCCAACCUCUGGAUCGAGAGGGUUGCCUGCGGGCCCGGCCAUGGCAUCAGCAUAGGGAGCUUAGGGAAGCAGUCGGAGGAGGAGGGAGUGCAGAACGUGACGGUGAAGACGGCGGUGUUCACCGGAACCCAGAACGGGCUUCGGAUCAAGACGUGGGGGCGGCCCAGCGAUGGCUUCGUGAAGGGGGUCAUCUUCCAGCACGCCACGAUGCAGAACGUAGAGAACCCCAUCGUUAUCACCCAGAGCUACUGCCCGAAUCACAAGGGAUGCCCCGGCCAGGUUCGCCUGGAGGGUUCACACUUCUCUGUUGAUUUAUGAGGUACGGCUUCGCUUGUUUGUUUAUGGUCGGAGCAUCUCUCUCUCUCUACAGGACUCUGGCGUGAAGAUCAGCCAGGUGACUUACAGCGACAUCCAGGGGUCCUCUGCGAACCCGGUGGCGGUGGAUUUCAGCUGCAGUCCGACGAACCCGUGCAGCGAGAUCGGGCUGGAAAACAUCAAGCUCACUUAUGGGAACAACGCGGCUAAUGCUUCCUGUAAGAAUGCCGACGGAUCUGCUUCUGGCUUCGUAAUUCCUCCAAGUUGUCUCUGA